CAGAGAGAGAAGGUAAACCAGGGGAACAUGCCAGGGCUUCAGAGCACCUUCCUAGCCAUGGACACGGAGGAGGGGGUAGAGGUGGUGUGGAACGAGCUCCACUUCAGAGACAGGAAGGCCUUCGCGGCGCACGAGGAGAAGAUCCAGACUGUGUUUGAGCAGCUGGUGCUGGUGGACCACCCCAACAUCGUGAAGUUGCACAAGUAUUGGCUGGAUACCUCCGAGGCCUGCGCGAGGGUCAUCUUCAUCACAGAGUACGUGUCAUCAGGCAGCCUCAAGCAAUUCCUAAAAAAAACCAAGAAGAACCACAAGGCCAUGAACGCCCGGGUAUGGGGAGCGGGCUGGGGCAGCCACGGGGACAGGACGGGGUUGGGGCAGCCUCGGGGACUGGGAUGGUGAGGGGGUGCCCAGUGGCCUCGGACAGGGACUGGGCGAGGAUGCGGGGCGGGCUCCGCAGGCCCAGCCGCCUCUCCUGCGCCCACCCGACGGAGUCGUGCGUCCGCCGCCAGGCCUGGAAGCGCUGGUGCACGCAGAUCCUGUCCGCGCUCAGCUUCCUGCACGCCUGCAGCCCCCCGAUCAUUCACGGGAACCUGACCAGCGACACCAUCUUCAUUCAGCACAACGGCCUCAUCAAGAUCGGCUCUGUGUGGCACCGAAUCUUCUCCAAUGCGCUGCCGCAUGAUCUCCGAAGCCCCAUCCGCGCUGAGCGAGAGGAACUUCGGAACCUGCACUUCUUCCCCCCAGAGUACGGCGAGGUGGCCGAUGGGACCGCUGUGGACAUCUUCUCCUUUGGAAUGUGUGCGCUGGAGAUGGCUGUGCUGGAGAUCCAGGCCAACGGGGACACCCGGGUCACAGAGGAGGCCAUUGCUCGUGCCAGGCACUCACUGAGUGACCCCAACAUGCGGGAGUUCAUCCUUUGCUGCCUGGCCCGGGACCCUGCCCGCCGGCCCUCUGCCCACAGCCUCCUCUUCCACCGCGUGCUCUUCGAGGUGCACUCGCUGAAGCUCCUAGCAGCCCACUGCUUUAUCCAGCACCAGUACCUCAUGCCUGAGAACGUAGUGGAGGAGAAGACCAAGGCCGUGGACCUGCACGCAGUCUUGGCGGAGCUUCCCCGGCCCCGCAGGCCCCCGCUGCAGUGGCGGUACUCGGAAGUCUCCUUCAUGGAGCUGGACAAAUUCCUGGAGGAUGUCAGGAAUGGGAUCUACCCACUGAUGAACUUUGCAGCCACUCGGCCCCUGGGGCUGCCCCGGGUGCUAGCCCCACCCCCGGAGGAGGUCCAAAAGGCCAAGACCCCGACGCCAGAGCCCUUUGACUCUGAGACCAGAAAGGUCAUCCAGAUGCAGUGCAACCUGGAGAGAAGCGAGGACAAGGCGCGCUGGCAUCUCACUUUGCUUCUGGUGCUGGAGGACCGGCUGCACCGGCAGCUGACCUACGACCUGCUCCCAACGGACAGCCCUCAGGACCUCGCCUCGGAGCUUGUGCACUACGGCUUCCUCCACGAGGACGACCGGAUGAAGCUGGCCGCCUUCCUGGAGAGCACCUUCCUGAAGUACCGUGGGGCCCAGGCCUGACCCAGUACCCCAGCCCCUGGGGACCAUGCCGGGGUGCUGCCCAGGCAGGCCAUGUGGGGGAGACCCCAGCACCGCGGGGCUGCUCUCCUCCGUGUGCCUGGGAGCACAAAGGCCCUGGUAGUGAAGAAACCCCCGCCUCCUGAGAGUGGGGCUGACCCUGCCUCGGGCGCCGCGGGGGUGGGGGGUGGGUGUGGGGGAGCCGUUAGGCCUCCCAGGUCCUUAGGUUCAGGGUUGCCCCCAGGACCCCUUCCCAUAUCCUCCAUUCUCCACCCUGAGUUCCUACCCAGGCUGCCUGGCCAGGGCCACUGCCUGCUCAGCAGCCCUGCAGGGAGCCCCAGCUCUGGGGCUUGGGGGUGAGGGUCAGCCCUGGACAGACCUCUGCCCAGGGAACUGCUCCAUGGGGUCUGGGAGAGCAGCCAUCCCCGGCUGGCACCAUAGACCCACACAAGGAGCCUGCACAGCAAGCCAGCAGUGACACACCUGCAGGUGUCAGGCAUGGCACUGGGCACAACAGGGACCUGGCAGGAGAAACAGACCACAGAGAGGUCUGGAGUUGAGGCUGUCAUCAGCAAAGCCCCUGGUCCCACGCAGCUCUGCCCUGGAGCCACCUCUUUGACCCUUUACCCACCCCGAGACCAGAACCUACAGCCCCUCUACAGAUCUCCUCUGGCCACUGCAGCCCCUCCAACGGGCUUUUUCUCUCCUGCAUUCCCUGGCCUGGAGGGGUCAGGGCCCCCACAUCCUCUCUGCUCCUCAGAUUCACACCCUCUCCAUGUUACCUCCCGCACCUCCUCCCUGGGGCAGCUGCUCCCUGGGCCUCUGAGGAUGUCAGCUCCUGGCUCCCUGCCUCUCUCCCACUGCACUCCUGGCUCAGUCUUAGAGGUUUCUAUGCCCCCAUGGAUUCUACCCCUGCCUUCCUGGCCUCUUGAUUCUUGGCUUGCCUCUCCUCCAAUUCCAAACUUAGUGAAACGGCCUUAAACAUUUUAAAUUGUAUGUAUAAAUUUAGCACAGUCAUGCCUUUUUAAAAGCAUUUCAAAUGUCAAACCAGGAAGGCACACCACUGUAUUAGUUCUAUACUGCUGCUGUAAAAUUUACCACAAACUUAGUGGCUUAGAACAACACAAAUGUAUUGCAAUUCUGUAGGCUGGAAGUCUGACUACAGGUCUCACUGGACUAGAAUCAAGGCUGGCAGGCUGCCUUCCUUCCUGGAGGUUCUAGGGGAGACUCUGUCUCCUGCUUCGUCAGGCUGCUGGCAGAAUCCACAUCCUGUCAGUGGCAGGGCCAAGGUCCCCACUUUCUUGCUGGCUGUAAACUAAGGCCACUUCCAGCUUGUAGAGGCUGCCUACAUUCCUUGGCUCUUGGCCUCCUCCUCCAUCUUCAAAGCUAGCAGUUUCAGUCUGUAUCACGAAACAUUUCUCUGGUUCUCUGCAGACAGGAAAGGUUGUCCCUAAGGACUCAUGAGAUUAGGUUGGGCCCAGCCAGAUAAUACAGGAUAAUCUCCCUCCUCAAGGUUUUUAAUAUUAAACACAUCUGCAGGACACAUUUUGCCAUGUAAACUAACAUUCACUGGUUCCAGGGAUUAAGGAAGGAAACUCUUUUGUUGGGGAAGGGUGGCAUUCUGCUGACCACAGCACCCCAAGCAAAAGCCAAAAACCAAAGCAAGACUUACUAACGCAUAUCAAAUAAAUUAAAUGUACAAAAUAGUGAAUCUCAGUUAUCUUAAAUAUUCCAAUACUAUUUACAAAAUUAUUCUAAUUCUCACACCUUCCAACUCAAGAUUAGUAAUCUAAAAUAAUCUCCAUAUCCUAGAUGGAAACCCUCAUGUGAAACUGUCUGAUUACGCACGGUCCUAAAUGGUUUCAGUGGCAAACACAUAACAUUGUACUACUGAUUAAACUGAACUUAAAAGCA